AUGGCCGCCGAUCCAGGUGGCGGGACCCCACCGACCACGUUUGGUUCAAGGUUUCAAGUUUUGACCGUUGAUGAAGAAAGCAACGGAACUAUUGGAUGGAAAACAGCCAAAAACCAAAAAAAUGGGAAAAGAACAGCACAGCGAAACGACCUCCACGAGCAACAAUUCGUCAAGCAGUUGAGGACAGGAGGUUGCGAUAAUGGCGGACGGUUUCUGGUCGUAACUAGGACGGAUCCAGAAUGCACCAUGGACGAUCUCAAUCCGUUUGUUGUUAAAAAGUACUUCGACAACAUAACAUCUGGAGUACAAAUUUCGAGAUCCAAGGAAGGUACGUUACUUCUGAAGACCCUUGAUCGUUACCAAGCGGAAAAACUUCUGAAGCUAACGAAGUUAUGUGAAAGUGUUUCCGUCAAAAUCACUGAACAUACCACGAUGAAUCGAUCCAAAGGAACCAUCUUUUGCCCGGAUCUGAACAAGCUCGAUGACACUGAUAUAUUGGAAUAUCUGAAGGAAGCCCAUGUGACAGAAGUUAAGCGCAUGCAACGGGAGAAUUCCAAAGGCAAACUUGAUGACACCGGCUCGUUUAUUCUCACCUUCAAUCUGAGUUACUUGCCACAGACGAUUGAAGUUGGUUUUUACAGCUGCCGCAUAAGGUUGUACGUUCCCAAUCCAAUGAAAUGUACUUGCUGCCUCCGAUUUGGACAUCGAAAAGAUCAAUGUAAAGGUAACCAAGUUUGCGCAUCUUGUGGACUUCUACUCCACAACGGAACACCAUGCCCCAGACCAUUUACCUGCAUCAACUGCAACGGAAGCCAUCAUGCAUUGUCUAAACAAUGUCCGAAAUUUAUCGACGAAUUAGAAAUCCAGAGAAUAUUUAAGAGUUACUGA